AACCCCAGAGGGAUUGCCCUAGGCUGACUCCACUCCUUUCCAGCCUGAGCCACUACUUUGUCCCCAGGAGACCGAAAACAUGGCACCCAAAAAGGCCAAGAGAAGGGCAGUAGAGAGUGGAAGCUCCAGUGUCUUCUCCAUGUUCGACCAGACUCAGAUCCAGGAGUUCAAGGAGGCCUUCACUGUAAUUGAUCAGAACCGAGAUGGCAUCAUCGACAAGGAGGAUCUGCGGGACACCUUCGCAGCCAUGGGCCGCCUGAAUGUGAAAAAUGAGGAGCUGGAUGCCAUGAUGAAAGAAGCCAGCGGUCCCAUCAACUUCACGGUCUUCCUGACCAUGUUUGGGGAGAAGCUCAAGGGUGCUGACCCUGAGGACGUCAUCACCGGAGCCUUCAAGGUCCUGGACCCUGAAGGGAAGGGUACCAUAAAGAAACAGUUCCUGGAGGAGCUGCUUACCACGCAGUGUGACCGCUUCUCCCAGGAGGAGAUCAGGAACAUGUGGGCGGCCUUCCCCCCCGACGUGGGUGGCAAUGUAGACUACAAGAACAUCUGCUACGUCAUCACGCACGGCGACGCCAAGGACCAGGAGUAGAGGACUCUUUUAGGCCUCUGCUGACCACUACCCUCUGGCCAGUCGGACACCGCCACCCCGACCCCCAAUAAAAUUGAACUGGUCUUUGUUUCUUA